CGCGAACUGAUAUCAAAUUUCUCAAAAUUGCUUCAUUUAUGACGUUCAUGACCGUGAACUAAUGAAGUUAUAAAAGAAAUAUUUAUAUUUAAAUUUUAGUGUAGUUUUAUAUUAUAAGUUUUGUAAUAGAACCCUCCCAAAUGGAAGUAGUGAAAAAUGAAGAUGAUUUAGAAGACGGUGAAAUCCGGGAAGAAGUUUUGGAAGACAUAUCAGAUUGUUCUCUAUCUGACAUCAUUCACGGAGAUUUCAACGAUGAUACCGAUGUAAAUACAUUACAAACCGAAGCACCAAUAUCGCCUCAAGUCGACGAGCCAAACAAUGAAGAAGAAAAAUGCAGAUUGGAAGCGCUGAAAUCCUUAUUAGAAAACACUGGCUUCUUGAACGAUAAUGAAGAAACCAUUCAAGAACUCGAAGACCUAACUGAAGAAGAGAAGUUGAGAUUUGAAGCGGUGAAAUCACUAUUACGCAAUAGUAAUUUUUUGGCUGCGAAAGACAAAGAGUCUUCGACGCCUUUACCAAGGCGUCAUCAUAGAAAACGUGGUAAAAAACGAGGAAAAAAGAAACAAAGUGAUUCUCCUCCAAAACGUAUUAAAGUAAAAGAAGAACCUAUCUUGGAGACUAAACCCGACGUACUAUAUUUGAAAGAGACUACUUCGCUGCUUUCUGGAUUAUCGGAAGACGUGAAAAAAAUCAACGAAUCUAUAGAAAAUAAAAAAUUGAUUCCAGUUCUCAAUACGAAUCAGGCCGAUAAAGUUAACACUGUUACAGAGCCUGAUACGAAUCUGGCUGAUAAAGUUAACACUGUUACAGUACCAGAUACGAAUCUGGCCGAUAAAGUUAACACCGUAGAAAAUAGAAAAUCGGUCACUGUGCCUGAUACAAAUCUGGUCGAUAAAGUUAUCUCUAAAGAUAACGAAGCUUCUGAAAACGAACCUUUAGUUGUGAUUGGUUCUACGAGAUCGUGGUAUCCUAAGACUGAGUUCACUUUAUGGGAUGUACCUUUGACAUGGAAUACUACUGUGAAACGUAACAAUUGUGACGAUGGUCACAUAGUCAAAAACCAAUCGAAAAAAUUGGUUUGUCAAAAACCUGAGAAUAAAUCAAUUCCAAACCUUCCUCGAAAGACUGAACCUGUAUCCGAACGCUUAGAGUCUGAUAAAUCAGACGCUUCUACAAAACUUCCUGAGUUACCGAAACAAGAACCAUUAGAUGAUAGUACUGCUGUGAAACUACAAGUCAGACAACCCGUGCCUAAAAAAUCAACUGAAUCAAAACCUACGAUGAAAUCAGUACCCGAAGUAAUCUAUAACAAACCUCCUCAACGUAGCUGUGAUCUUCAACCGACAAAAAAAUUAAAGAAGACUUCACACCAGAUCAUUAACUCAACCGCGUUAAUUCGUUCGCCCAAGUCAAUGAAACCUAUCCUGCCGAAAAAAUCUACUUCGUGUAGUUUUCGUAAAGUUAAUCUUGUGCCACCGAUAUCGAAUCGUAAAGUAUAUUCGUUGAUACGUAAUAAAUCCGACCGAUAUAAACUAAAUAACCUCCCUCCUGUUGCCUUCCCUUCGAAAAAACCUUUCUUAAAUAUGGACAAAUCUAAAUUAAAAUUGAACAACCCGGUAAAAUCUCGCUAUUCGAUCAAUCGUACUAAUCAGUAUUCAAAAGUGAACCCAAAAGAAUUCAUAAUACCUUUAAACGACGACGAUCUAGACGAAAGUUCGAGAGAAGACUCACCUGCUGAAUCAGUCUCGUCUUUAAAGUCAUUGGAAACUCAUCCCGUAAUUUCUUCUUCUUUGAAAAACAACGAAGAAAAAGAAAUGCCUAAAAUUAAACAGGAACCUUUGGAGGAACCAGAAGAGUUACCCAAUGAUGAAUUCAUUUCGAAAGAAUCGCCUUCUACGACUACUGCGGAUACAUCGACUUUCAUCAAAGAAGAACCAUUCCACGAAGCGGGUCCCGAUGAAAUAUUCGAUGUUGGAUGUAUCAAAAUUGGAGACGUUUCUUCGUUGUCAUGCGAUACGAGCUCCGGCCCUCCCCCUCGAGAUUCUCCUUCUAUUUCUAACGAUAAACCCGAAACUAAAACUGAAUUUGAUUUAUUAGUUGAAGCUGAAGAAAAUCUAAUAGAAAUAAGAUCUAAAUUACUAUCAAGCUUAGGCGAAUUGGAUACGUCAUUUAAAACCAAUGCCCAAGAGAAAGAAAAACUACUUAAUAUGGUGAAAAAAUUGAGUGAUCUCAAAGCCCUCGUUGUCAAGUUCGAGGAUAAGGUGAAAACUCAGAAGAUGAAAUUAGCUAUGAGUAAUAGUUUUACUCAAUCUUUAUACGAAGGAGUCUUGCUACGUUCGAAAACUUGCUCAAAAAUGAAAGAUUUGUGUGCGAUAGCUGGUAAAAACAUCAUCGGCCCUCAGUAUAAACCACCGAGUGAUUUCGAGGUACAAUUGGAAGAGAAACAAAAAACAUUGGAUUUUUCAAAGUAUGUACCAAAAAAAGCUGAAAAGAAGUAAGGUAAUAAAAAAAAUUUAUUUCAAAAUGUGAUUUCGCAUCUAGAAUACUUUUGCUUGUAAUUCACUCAUUGUUUGUAUAAAACAGGUAGAAUUCAUUCUAAUUACCGCACUCCGAAAAUAUUUUUGUUUAUAUUAUGUAGGAUGUAUGUGUAUUUACUUUGCUUUUUCUGUCGAUUUCGUAUUUAUUUUUGCUUUGGUCAAAUGUACGAGUACAUUACAUCGAAGUUUAAUUUUUAUUCCGUCACGUAUUUUUUUUCACACGUAAUUAUGAGUUAUUAUUUUGUUUAACGAUUGAUCCAUUUUUUUUUAUAACUUUCUUUUGUAAAUUGCUCUGCUUGGAUAACAUCAGAUUAUAACUCGAAAUCCCCCGUAGCUUUUGAAUUCUAUCGCUUUUUUUUACUCGUGAAAAAAGCACUUGGUGAAUAGAAUUGGUUGCUGGUUGCUGUACGUAUUUUUAUGUUCUUUAUGAUUUGAAUAAUCUUAUGUUUUUUAUUUUUCAGUACUUCUACUUUACUCGUUAUACUUAUUCGGAGUUAAGAUGUUUGAGAAUUUAAGUUCCUAUCUUAUCAAACAUUUAACCGAAUAUCCCUAUUUAUAUAAAGUGAUCAUUUUAUUGAUGUUAUUUUUUUAAUAUUCUAUGUAUAAUAGUGUUUCCAUUGGUGAUCUCUAAUUUUUGUUAAAAUUAUGUUCUUAUUUUUAAAUAAACGUUUUCGUGAAA